UCACCGCGCAGGCGCAUGGGACACGACCGGAGCAUGCGCAGUGCGACGCGCACGGUGCGGACACUCCGAGGGCGAGGAGGAGGUCACUUCGGCUCCAUCGCCGAAUAGUAGAAGAUGAUGAUUUACAGCUGGAACUCUCAAUCCAAGAGUCGUAUCAAGAUGUGACCGAGUCCCUCCAUUCAUCAGAACAUGAAUAUCUUCAAGUUUGGAAUUUUGUGGUGAAAAGAUUUGUCAUCUUUGGCUGUGAUCGAAGGCGUCAGCGAAGAGUAAGAGUAACUAAUUGGUGGAGGGCCAACUUCAAUGGGCUAGGAAUGAUUCUGACCCACGUAUAUUGGAAUCAAGUCUGUAACUGAGCAAUAGACCACUUUUAAAGAAGGAACAGUGCUGACAAUGUCAAGGGUCUUUCACGCCUCCUGUUUUAAUUCCACGUCACAGGGAGGUUUUGCAGUCGGGAAACUGACACCAAACGUCACCUAUGGAUCUGACAGAGACGCCUGAUUUAUCACCAUCCGAGCACCACCCGUUGCUGAACACGGAAGAAGAUCUUUCUGUUCACAGCGGCGACGAGCUGUACAUCUGUUCUGAGUGUGGACUGAGCUUCCCCCAGUCAUCUGGCCUGUCACAGCAUAACUGCAGUCUGAUCGAGGACAAGCCACCUGACCAGGAAAACCAUCAGCACAGUCAGUCUGGGGGGAGGCCAUUCACCUGCACAGUGUGUGGGAAGGGAUUCACUCGGCCAUCCCAUCUGCAGGCUCACUGGCGGGUUCACACUGAGGAGAGGCCUUUCAAUUGCCUGGACUGUGGGAAAUGCUUUAAAAGUUCCGCGGAGCUGAUGCGCCAUAGGCGCGUUCACACUGGGGAGAGACCGUUCAGGUGCUCGCACUGUGGGAUUGGCUUCAGGCAAUCCUCUCACCUCAUUAAGCACAAGAGAGUUCACACUGGGGAGAAGCCGUUCACCUGCUCCGUGUGCGGGAAGGGGUUCAGUCACUCGUUCAAUCUGCUGACCCACCAGCGAGUUCACACCGGGGAGAGGCCGUUUUCCUGCUUGAAGUGUGGUGAGGUAUUCACGCAGUCCUCCAGCCUGAUAAGACACCAGCAAACUCACAGCAGGGCGAGGCCAUUCACCUGCUCCAAGUGUGGGAAGGGAUUUGCUCAGUUAUCCAGUGUGCUCAAGCACCAGCAAGUUCACACUCGGGAGAAAUCCUUCACCUGCUCCGAGUGUGGGAAGGGAUUCACUUGGUUGUCCAACCUGUUGAAACACCAGCCGGUUCAUGCUCGGGGCACUUCACUUACCUGCUCCAAGUGUGGGAAGGGGUUCAAUCGGGCGAGCUCCCUGCUGUUACACCAGCGAGUGCACACCGGGGAGAGGGCGUUCGCCUGCGCCUUGUGUGGGAAGGGAUUCACUCGGCCGUCCCAUCUCCAAGCUCACCUGCGGGUUCACACUGAGGAGAGACCGUUUGAAUGCCAGGACUGUGGGACAUGCUUCAAAAGUUCCGGGGAACUGAUGCGCCACCGGCGUGUUCACACCGACGAGAGGCCCUUCAAGUGCCCUCACUGUGGACUUGGGUUCAGGCAAUCCUCUCACCUCGCUAAACACCAGAGCGUUCACACCGGGGAGAAGCCAUUCACCUGCUCCGUGUGUGGGAAGGGGUUCACUCGAUCGUGCAAUCUGCUGAGGCACCAGCGAGUUCACACCGGGGAGAGACCUUUUACCUGCUCCAAAUGUGGCAAGAGUUUCACUCAGUCAUCCAGUGUGAUGAGACACCAGCGAGUUCAUUCUGAUCAGAGACCUUUUAAAUGUUCUGACUGUGAGAAGAGCUUCAAAAGUAAAUGGGAGCUGCUAAGACACAAACGCACCCACACGGGGGUGAGACCUUAUAUCUGCUCCAUUUGUGGAAAAGGAUUCACUCAGUCAUCCUACCUUCUGACACAUCAACUUGUUCACACUGACCAGAGACCUUUCCCGUGUUCUGACUGUGGAAAGUGUUUUAAAAGUAAAAAUGAUUUACAAGUCCAUCAACGCAUUCACACUGGGGAGCGGCCAUUCACUUGCUCCCUGUGUGAGCGGCGGUUCAGGCGUUUAGCCCAACUGCAGACACACCAAAGAGUUCACACUGAUAAGAGACCUUUUAAGUGUUCUGUCUGUGAGAAGAGCUUCAAAAGCAAACAGGAUCUGUUGACACACCAGCGAGUUCACACUGGGGAGAGGCCAUUUACCUGUUCUGUGUGUGGAAAGAGAUUCACCCGUUCAUCCCACCGUCUGAGACACCAGCGAGCUCACACUGGGGAGAGGCCAUUUACCUGCUACGUGUGUGGGAAGGGAUUUACUGAUUCACCUCAGCUUCUAUUACACCAACGAAUUCACACUGGAGAGAAACCGUUCACUUGCUCCACAUGUGGAAAGGGUUUCACUCAGCCGUCGCAGCUCACUGAGCACCAGCACGUUCACACUGACCAGAGACCUUUCAAAUGUUCUGACUGUGGCAAGAGCUUUAAAAGCAAAAAGUACCUGAUGACGCACCAGCGAGUUCACACUGGAGAGAGACCAUUCACCUGCCUCGUGUGUGGGAAGAGGUUCACUCAGUCAUCCCAUCUGUUGACCCACCAGCAGCUUCACACUGGGGAGAUGCCGUUCACUUGCCCGCGAUGUGGGAAGAGGUUCGCUCGGUCAUCCAAUCUGCUGAGACACCAGAGAGUUCAUAAGUGAUUUCAGGAGUCAGAGUUUACUGUUUCUUCUGCCGUUAAUCACAUCCUGGCCUGAAUCAUGUUCAUUUUGAUAGUAGGGGUCUUGGCUACUGUUAAUAUUCCUGUGUUAACACUUAAUAGGCUCGAUAGCAAUCAAAUGAAUCUUAAAGGGAGAAACUAUUUGACCUUUAGUCUGAGUGUUCCUGAAAUGCAGAACAGGCUCAGAAGGGCUGAAUGGACUGAUAACGACAGGCCAUUCUGCUAUAACGUGACGGUUGUCUUCCUGUGCAACCUUGCACUAUCGGAAAUCGCGCUACAGGAGGCAGCGUAGAGAUCACGUUAUGGAAAAUCUAGUAUACCGGUUCAGCAGAAAGGUCACACCAUACAAACAACGGUCACAAUUCAUCAAUCGCAUUCUUGCCAAUUCACGAUGAAACGAGCAGCACGGUGGCCUAGUGGUUAGCACUGCUGCCUCACAGUGCCAGGGACCC